AUGGGACCAUACAGGCUACUUGACGCCUCGAAGAACGAGAUUAGAGUGCUACACCUAAAGCCAGGGAAUUCCGGCGACGAUAUGAGCGUCCGCCUGGAGGUUGUCAGUCUGUAUGAUCACUCAUCUUACGAAGCAUUAUCAUACGUCUGGGGCACGACACUGUCACCGAAACCAACCUUGGUAAAUGGCUUCUACCAACUUCAGGUAACUAUCAAUCAGCAGGACAUCACCGAACGUAGUCUCCAGGUCCCGCUCCUGGACGAUAUCUAUACAUCCGCUAUCUAUGUUCUCAUAUAA